AUGGGCCAAUUGUUGACAGACAGAGAGACAGACGGACAAGUGAGUGAUUGCAAUAGCUCACCAUAUGCACCAAAAGACAGACGCAUCGUAUCAGUCAGCAUUAGACCUGCAUGCAGGUACAGCACACAACAAAACCCAGGGGUCAUAUGUUGGAAGUGGGAUACUGUUGACAAAAAUGGUCAAGUAAGCCAAAUUCCACUCAUGACAAUACUAGAGAAGAGAGUAACCAUUGGCAAUAAAUCAUCAGAAUGGAAAGUUCUAGGGCGGGUGCAGAAUGACUUUGUAAACCUCACGAACAAUUUCAAAAAUGGUCAGCUUAAUCCAGACGCCAUGUGGCAGUUAAGAGUGACAGUUGUUACAUCAGAGGGAGUAGCAUCAACACCAGCAACUGCCAAGCCAUUCAGUACAUUACCAAUUGGUUGGGUACCCAAGCAGCCUCUAAAGGUUUACCUUGUAGAGCAGCAUGAGGAACACAACAAGAUACAAGCAACUAUUGGGUGGAUACCAUCAGCAGAUGCUGGCUGCCAAUACAGAAUACAUUUGUUUUCCAAUGGAGAAGCAGGUUAUAUCACACAGGAGAAAGAAAUGUUGCCAAAGACACUGCAUAGAUUUAAAAACUUGAUGUUUUCUACCAACUACACAGUGAAAGUGAGAGCAACUGAUGGUGCAUUUCAAAGAGAAUCCAAUGCAACAACUUUCUCAUUCAUCUCAAUGAGUUGUCUUCAGGCAUAUGCUGGUAGCUUCAAAAAAUGUGCUCCUGGGCCCCCACAAAACCCACAAUGGAAAUAUGAAGAGAAUAAAGUUACCAACCGGACAGGGGAACAAAAUAUUAUUUACAAUGUGAAUGUUCAGUGGGAUCCGCCAAAUGGGACCUCACCAUCUAAUAACAUUGAUUCUUACGAGAUCAAAUGGCGUAAAGUUCCUCUGUUUCACAUUCAAGCUGGAAAUAAUGCAAAACCUGAAGGGGACAGCAUCCAUCUUCAGCAGAAUACAAGCACAUGGCUAUUUGAAAAACUGACUUGGGACAAUCUAUAUGAGAUAGAAAUCUAUGCAAAGUCGAGUGCUGGGAUCAGUGAUCCAGUCUUUCUACGCAUCAACACCACACAUGAUUCAGCUGGUCUGGGUGCACUGAAACUUCCCACAGAAACUUUAUCAGGAUUCAGUUGGAUAAAGACUGCAUUGCCAUAUCUGAUAGCUGUACUUCUAGUAUGUCUCGCCAUAAUCCUUGUAUUGGUUGUAUUAUACUUCAAACGCAGAAGAAAAUAUGCUUGGCGGACAAACGAGAAAUAUAUUUUCAAGUCAGUAGAGCUGACUAAUGGUGAGAACAACAACAGUGAUGCAAGUGGAGCAUGCGUUGAUGAGUACGAAGUCUCACUCUCUAACCUCGUAUUGGGUUGUGAGAUUGGUGAAGGUGCAUUUGGGAGAGUCUUGAAGGCUGAACUCGUAACCACUCAUGAUAUAUCACAAACAGUCGCUGUAAAACUUCUUAAGCCCAACUGCUCUGAGGAAGACCGUUCUGCCUUAAUACAAGAGAUAGAGUUCCUGAAGCAGUUGGGCCCCCAUAUAAACAUUGUAAGCAUUGUAGCAUGCUGCACCAAAGGAAGAAAGGUGUGCCUUGUCCUGGAUUACUGCAAAUAUGGGGACUUGAGAGACUACCUGAAAACACUGCGGGAACAGUGGGUACCUCUGAUGAAUAUUGUUAAUAACCCCUGUGCAUGGAAUUCAAAGGCUGACAGUAAAGAGAGUACAGACAGUGACCAAACAGCUAUUUCUACUCUCACUGCAUCAACAGGGGAUGGCACAGCCUCGUCAGCAGCUAAGAUAUCUACUACAAAACUAUUGUCAUAUGCCAGACAGAUUACAAUGGGAAUGGAGUUCUUGGCCAAGAAGAAGUUUGUACAUCGAGACCUUGCGGCCAGAAAUGUGUUGGUUUAUGAUGAGAACAUUGUAAAAAUAUCAGACUUUGGUCUCACAAGAGAUGUAUAUGAAAACAGUAUAUAUAAGAAAACCACUCCAGGAAAAGUACCAUACAAAUGGAUGGCCCUUGAGUCUAUAUUCAAUAAUGUGUAUACAAUCAAAAGUGAUGUAUGGAGCUUUGGAAUAGUUUUGUGGGAACUUGUUACACUAGGGGGAUCACCAUACCCUGGACUCUCUGGGAUAGAUCUCUUCAAUUUCCUCAAGGCAGGUUAUAGGAUGGAAAGGCCAGACAACUGUACUAAUGAAAUAUAUGAUAUAAUGUUAAUAUGCUGGCAUCCUAACCCAGAAAGAAGACCUUCAUUCACAGCGCUUAAGGAAAAGAUAGACAUUCUUCUACAAAACAAUUCAAACUAUAUUGACUUUGACCUCAAAGGAAAUGUUGAUUACUACAGGGAUUCAAGCCAAAGUGGGGGAACAGAGGGCUCAGCAGAUACAAUACCUGCCAUCCACCAUACCUGUCCAAACAAGCCUUGGGAACCCAAAUACAACUAUAAUACCAAUCUUGGGGAAAACACAAAAGAUGUGACAGUAUCAUACUCUAGUGUCAGACACCCCAGUCAUAAUCUACAUCCAAUGGAUAAUAACAUUAGAAUCAAUGCAUUCAAUCCUGAUCAAUGGGAUCAUAAAAAAAGUCACACAACUAAUAUAAAUUAUGUGACAUUUCAUAGUCUGAAUGAUGGAGAAAAGGUUGUUGAACACCAGAGUGAGGAUAAUGAUGAUGAUGAACAUAUUGAUGGUGACUUAGAAUGGUGGGAUGUGGGAAAACAGGCAGAGAGUACUGUAUAAAGUACGGGUACCACGAUACGAAAAAUUAAAAUCGAUACGUAUCUACAAUACUGACCUCAAGAUACGAUACAAUGAUACAGCGUAAAUUGAAGUAAAACUGAACUUUAUU